AUGUCCAUCUUCAAGGCAAUCAACAACGUCCUGGGUGUGGGUCCGAAAGCCUCAAGUACCCCUCGAGUCUCAUCCCCUUCGACCGAUCGAUCGCCCGACUCUGCCCAAUCUCAACUAUCCACCUUCCAAAACUCAUGGCAUAUCAUCAAGAACUCGCUGUCUUCGCCCAGGCAGCGCCACCAGCUCCUCGAAUCAACCUCUAUCAAGGAAAGACUUGAGCUCAUGUGGGAGUGUUUGGCGGUCGAGAACAACAUCCCGAUCACGAACUUGAACCCAUCACUCUCUCCUGUUGCUUCUCAAACUCCUGAAUGUGUUGAAUAUUUUCUUGAAAAUGACGUACCGGGGAACCUCGUCGCACUGUCUUUGCCCGAUCAGCCGAUCGGCGUCAAGGGCUUGGUCAUCAAAUUCUUCUUAUCACUCGUCGUCUUCAUGGACGAGAAAUUCGUUGUUCACGCCAAAGUCCACAAGCCACUGGUCAGACUCUUGCGCAGCUGUGUCGAGCCAGAGCUGGGAUCAGAUGCAGGGGAUGAUGCCGGUUGGGGCACUGGAGGGUCGAAUUAUGAAGAGGCUGUCGUAGAGCUGAUGUGCCAUUUAUGUGCUCGAAUUAAAACAUAUCCAGAACUUUUGCUUGUCUUUAUCCACAAUCGCUCUCGCUCCUCGCAGGUGCAACCCGCCGAAGCAGUUCCUGAACCGUCGACUGUUCAGCCUAUGCCAAUAACGACGUCCAGCUCCCAGUCUCCUGUUUCCUCCGGUCUUGCCAUCCAACCAAUCGCACGCAAAUCAGUCCAUUUCUCUCCUGUGCCCCGUCCGCCUUCGUCAAUAACGUCAGAGCUCUCAGCCACCGGCAACACGGCCAACAGUCCUACUAGCCCUACUCACACCACCCUCAGCUCCUCAUUCUCAUCUUCAAGCCAGCAUCUGUACAACGAAGCUAACAGGAAAUCGGGCUCCAAGCUGGCUGCAAUCGGCAAUGCGCUCAAAGGAGACUCAGACAUGCUGAUAUUCUCCUAUCUCUUGCGCUUCCUUCAUCGGGAGGGUCGGACCGGGGACCUUGCACGAGCUGGUUUACUGUUCCUGAUGGAGUUAGCGAUGGGCCGAUGUUCCCACCUGCCAGGAGACGCCUUCCUCAACUCCCAGCCAUCUCAAACAACUGACGAUGACCAACCCACUCCCGCUGAUACAAUCUCCAUGGCAUUUGGUGAAUGGGUACUCGACUCCGAUUUUGCAGAUGUCUUGGGCGCUAGCUUAGGAGCUGCGUAUGGCUUGCUCCCAAGCAAACUGGUUAUCACUCCUCGUGACCCAAGUAGUGAGGACUCGACUGGAAGAAUGGUCCUGGGGGGUAUGGGCAUACAUUUUUCGGAAGGCUCGGCGGAGAACGCCCAGGCAAUUCAAGAGAAGGAGAGGGAAGAACGACGCCAGAGACUUCUGAUAGGCCUGGGGGUCUCGGGAUCGGCUGAGUUUAGGACACAGAUUGAUCUUUUCUUGAAGAUGAUCGAGUUUGCUCAGGACGUGAUGAGGAAUGUGAGUCCUAGUACGUUGGACCAUUACGUAUCACCAACCGAGCUACUCUUGGCCUCACAACCACCUAGGUCGGCUUCCCUUGGUUCCGCUCUUCCACCACGACUCAACCCCACUAGCCAUUUACCGGAACCAGUGCGAGAUGAAUCUGGGCCGAGUCCGUCCGAAAUCGUGGCUUCAGCUGUCUCCUCAACCGUCCUGCUCUCAAUUCGGAAAUCCUUCCUCUCCGGCAUCAUCUAUCCCUCUCUUCUCGAAUGCUCCGAAAAUGAUGGCAGCGCGGUGGCUGUGAUGAGUUACCUUGAAGCAACCUUGUCACUGUUGGAAACUGACGGCGAACUGAGUGAUAGCGUGCUCAGAUUUUUAAUGGCAGAGGCUGAUGAAGAUUUUGAAUUAGAUGCUGGCCACUGUUCUGUAACCUCCAACCAGACCGAAGUCAUGCAACUGGGACCUUCAUCCCCGUUCAUCAAUCCGAACCGACGAAACUCCGGGGCGAUCUCGAUCAUUAAGGCUGACUUCAACAAAGCCAAGCCCGGACGCCGGGUCCGCAAUGAAGAGGAUACGUUGAUGUCUGACACGGGGAUUACCUACUUCAAUUCCCUGGGUCGAUUCACGUUGAAAGACUUGCUAGUAAACAAUAUCCAAUCCACCGACAGCCCAACAGCUACGGCAGCUCUGAAGUUAUUACAUGUGAUCCUAGUCAGGCAUGAUCGAUAUGCCCUCACCUUAUUAGACAUUAUUCCUGAUCCGACUGCGACGGCAUUCCCCUUUCCUCACAGCAUGGAUGUCAACCAGAAAGAGAACGGGGUUGAUUCAGAUUCACAGGAGUCCGACCAAGAAGAAUUUGUCUAUCCUACAGGUGGUGAUAAAGUUGAUUCAAAUGAUGAACUGGACGAUGGUGAUGAAGAGUUUGAAUACCCCGGUAAGAGCGAACAUGUCAAGUCGGCUUCCAAUGAGGACGAAGAGUUCAAGUAUCCAACGCCUACGAAACCCCUCUCAACAAAUGCUCUAUCUUCGUUUACCCCAGGUACCCAGACGCAUGCCCAAAGCACGAGUACAGGCCGGUCUCAUUGCUUAAAGCCCUCAUUUGACUUAGUUAAAAGCAUCCACUGUUCGCCAUGUCCAACCUACCGAGCUCACCGAGAUGAAAUCGAGUUUCUAUCAAACUUGGUCGAGCUGAUUGACCCCUCUAGUAUGGUAAUGAAAGCCGACUCCGUCCCUGGAUCUCUCAGUACCGCCUUUCAGCAUUAUCUGCUAGACGCCGAGGCUGAAUUGACCGGAACAGCUACAUUCCGUCGUGGAUUGUUGUUCGACUAUGUUUCAGCCUCAGUGAUUCCAAGCUCCCAACCUGCCGCAGACAAGCGCCGAAGUAUGCGCCCGAGUAACUUCACUCCUAAUCAACCAACGUCGAGGUACGAAUCAACACUGGACUUCAUCGAUCAUCCAGUAAUCCGGCACCGGCUUUCUGCCGAAAACCCUCUCAUAUCUAGCAUCUUAGAAUCACUAGCGAAGUUUUUUGUCCAACCACCGGCUCUGAACUUGAUUCUCACGGGAUGUGUUGCUACGCUGGCCUCCUGCCCAACAAGAUCUUUAGAAGGAUGGAUGCUGCCCACUCCUAACCCAGAUGAUGAUGAAUCUUUUGACCAAUCAAUUCUAAGCUCAUGCACUCCCCGCAAUCCGAUAGUUGAUUAUGACGAAGGAGACGACCGAUCGAUCGACUUUGCUGUGGACGAAUACGUCAGCAGUCAUCGAAAGUCGAGCUCAAGGAGGACCUUUGAAUCCUCUUUUAGCCGGCCCCAGGGCGCAGGUGGGGCGGAUUGUCUGUUGGAAGUCUACCGACAACUUGCUGAGCAAGUGGCGGGCUAUCGGAACACGAUUACCAACUUUAACAAGUACUUGAAAGAACGUCGUCAAGGUUUAAUCUUUGUUGAGAACCUGGAAGACGCACUGGAUACGUUGACAGGAACGAUGCCCAAAUCCGAAGCUGUUGUCGACAAAGAGCAUCGGAUGGUCAGUCCGGCCAGACCAUCAGUCCAAAACUCUACUAAGGCGCCCGUCUCGCCGAAUGAACCGCCCGCGAAGCCGAAAGAUUCUUCGUUUUUUUCCUCCUUCUUCAAGAGCAGUAACCCUUCUAAGUCGCCCUCGCCGACGGCGUCCAGUCCACGAACACAGGCCGGCAAGCCAAUGGAUUCCGCUGGGGGACGAGCGCAUCGGCCGGUGGCCGUGAAGCCGUUCUCGGACCAUUAUCAGCAAACCGGCUCGAUCAAGCUGACCAUCGUCCCCGUGAGCACGCCUGGCUCGACCAAGAAGCUGCAGCGGUCGCUGCUCAAGAUCGACUUUUCGGACGAGGAAGAGAGCGACAGUGACUCUGAGAAUCCCGGGCCGGACACCCCAACAAAAAAGACCCUCCAUGGCUCCCAUCUGCCCUCCAUCAAACUCUCGCAACCCUCCAGAAAACUCAGAACUGAAGACGUUCAGGAUCAUCCUGCUCAGCGCGAUCCCCCUCCUCCUGAGGAUGAGAAAACUGUAAUCAGCUUGUCCAUGCUCCUGGAUAAUGUUGUCAUCUUGGAGGAGUCCAUUAAAGAAUUGGGUGCAAUCAUCAGCGCUAGAAAGUCUCUGGGUAUCGAUCCCGUCCGGAUUCUUUGA